AUGUGUCCUCUCAGGUUCAUCCUUGUCUUUUUCUCCGCCGCAUUGGCAGCUUAUUUUGCCUGGACCACCGUACGUUCCUCCUCAGAGAUUGACCUCACCACCCAAGACCAGAACAACAAAGCCUCCUCCAACAAGGAUAAUUUCAGUUUCAACAAGAUGAUUCAGAAUGGAUUCUGGGUAUUUGUUGACAUGGCCAGCGGGAGGUAUAUAUGGAGAAAUUUGAUAUCCAGGACAGAUGUUCAAGUAAAGAGCUCUUAGAUGUUGGAACUUCUCAAAUCUUGAUUGCUGAUGCAGAAACUUUUAAUUCAUUGUUUUAUUUUCAC